GCCACUCCUCCGGUCACGGAGGGAAACCCGCUUCACUUCCGUCAUUCACCCGUUAAACCUCCACGAGCGCGAAUCGCGGGUGCGUGCGGGCGACAGCUGGCGAACCGAACGCGUGACGUCACAGCCGAACGCGAAAGUGUCUCCGGAGAUCGCCGGUGUGUUGGCGAACCUGCAGCGGCAGUCGGUGUCUGUCGGCUCGGUCCCGAAACACACAGCAGCGGAUCCACGCGGACAUGGGAAAGGCUCGCGCGCUCAUUCUCCUGUGCGCCGCUCUCGGUUUAUGUCACUGCAGGCUGGUGACGGUUCCUCAGGGUCCGUUGCUCCGUGUGGAGGGUCAGCCGUUGUCUCUUCGCUGCGAUGUUGAGGAUUACGAGGGUCCCAGUGAGCAGGACUUUGAAUGGAAGGUGAUCCGAGGAACAGAAUCCAUGGAUGUGAUUUCAACAUUUGACCCCAAGUUCUCAGACCGCUCGAUUAAAGAGCGUAUAAGCAGCGGAGACAUCAGCGUGUCACGAUUAGGCGACAACGUAGUGGAGCUGAGAAUCAUAGAGGCCAGAAUCGCAGACAGCGCCACCUACAGAUGCAGUACAACCAGCACAGAUUCGGUUUACAGCGGAAACUACGACGCAGAUGUUCAACUGAAGGUUGUUCCUAACAGUCUUCUUGUGGUUCCUGAUGCCGUGAACCGUGUUAUUCCUGAGGGUGGAUCCUUCAGACUCGUCUGCAAUGUUUCUCAUGACUUCUUGGAGGGAAUUCAUCUUUCCUUCACCUGGUCGGUGAUAAAGGGACCGUCUCUGUCUCAGGAUCUGCUCACCGUCGGCCCUGGUGUAGGUGUGACGGUUGGAAACGGUUUCACGCAGCGUUACGCAGAUGGUGCGAUGAGGUUAGAACUGGGAAACGGAGCGUCCCACAGUGUCGUGCUCUCCGGAGCGAUGCCGGACGAUCAGGGGAUGCACACGUGUACGGCCAGACUGUGGACUCGAGAGCAGGGGACCUGGAAGAAAAUUCAGGAGAAGACUGUGGAGAUGGGAGAUGUGACUGUUACUCCUGCAGCGAACUCUCUGAGCGUGGAGGUUCAGAAAGACAGCACGUUAUCAUCCGGAGAGUCUCUGAUACUCAACUGUUCUGUUACUGUCGAUGGUUUGACGUCAGUUGAUCUGGAGGUGACGUGGCUUCUGAAUGACACGCGUGUGUUGGCCCGCUCGGGUCGUGACGGCGUGUUGUCCGGUGCUUCUGAUGCUGUAGACGUCAGGCGGUUGGGGAAAUGGGAUUUUCAGCUGAAGGUUCCCCGCGUGGACACGACGGAUGCUGGAUUUUAUUCCUGUAAAGCGAUCGUGUGGAUCCAUCACAGCAGUGGACGCUGGUAUGAGGCAGCUGAGAAGAUUUCCGCUCCGGCACGAGUUCACGUCAUCAAACACAAUCCAGAUUUCACAGUCGUUCUGAGCUCAACUUUAACUGCAAAGUUUUCAGGAGACCCGACAGAUCUGGAGUGUAAAGUUUUAAACGUGUCUAACCUUCACAGCGGGCGUCUGGGGGUGUCCUGGUUAUUUAAAGACGGAUAUGACCCUUUCUACGGCCGCACCGUGGCGUCACUGGACGAGAACGGAACCCUCGUGCCGGGGAAGACAUACGCGAGUCGUGUGGAGGUGGGGCUUAUCACAGUCACUCGAGUUGAACCGUACGCGUUUAAGCUCCGCCUCCUGCACACAACGCAUGAGGAUGUGGGCGAGUACUCCUGCGGCGUCACCGCGUGGAUUCCGUCUCAGCAUGAGAAAUGGAAAAAGACGACGGAGAUCCUGAGUCCAGCGCUCGAAGUCAGCUUUACUAACAAGAGUCCGGUUCUCGGUGUGGUGGCCCAGCGUCUUCGAGAAGCUACAGCGAGCGGCUCAACAUUUGAGAUGAGCUGCCGUGCCAACACGCAGAACCUCCCGCCGGGAACCGCCCUCUCCGUCGUCGUCCUAUCAGAGGUGUCAGUCGGCUCGUCCAGUCGUAAACUGGCCUCUCUGGGUCCUGAGAUGGUCCUGAAGCUGGAGAACUGGACCGAGUCUGCUCGAAAAGAUGGUCUGACGCUGAUCAAGACCAGCAAGACCGAGUUUCAGUUCCGCAUGUCAGGGGUUCAGGUGACCGACCGAGGAUUUUACUCGUGCGAAAUGAUAGCUUGGUCUAAAGCGUCUGGAGACAACUGGAUGGAGAUGGCCAGAGGAGUGUCCAAUAAAGUUCAGAUCACUUUUGAGCACCGAGGUCCCUCAUUCGAUGUUUCCAUCAGUUCAGACACACUGAGUGUUUUCCCCUGGGAAACUGUCAAGAUGGAGUGUGACGUGAGGUUGAUGGGCACAUUGCCCACUACAGAUGACGUAGCGUAUGAGCUGAAAUGGUUUCUGAGUCGUCUGAAGGGUUCCAGUCGCGCGUCUCUGUUAGCCGGUGUGGACCGAUGGGGCGUCGUACACAAAACCCCUCGUAAUGACAGCAGUGACUGUAGUCUGGAGCGACUUGGACCCAGAAAAUUCACCCUGAACAUUCACAGCGCUCAGGACAGUGACGGCGGGGAAUAUCACUGUACCGUAACGCCCUGGAUACAAUCCACCGGCACCAGCGUCUGGAGUCAACUUCCUGAAGUCACCUCAAAGAAAAUCUUUCUCAAUGUCAAGUUUGCACUGUGGGAUUCAAUGAAGUUUCCAUUACUCUACGGGAUGUGCGCUUCAGUAACUGUUGGAGUGUUUUCUCUUGUUCUGGGUUUGGUUUGUGUUCACUGUUGCUUCAGAAGCACAUCGUCGACUCCUCGCUCUCGCGCCAAACUCAUGGAGCUGGAGAUGGAUUGACAAAGACUGAAUCCCAACAGCUGGACACCACGAGGUCGGUUUGACUGACCCGCGUGAAGCUUGUUGGAAUCUGCCGUGAGGAGAUCACAGAACAAACUACUGAACCAUCGACUGCCAGGACCAACAUAGUUUAUCUACAGGACAAUAUUUUCUUGGAUUUAAGAACUUUUAGAAGCGUUUUUAUAGUCUGAAGAAGAAAUUCUCCAGUCGAAGGAUUAUGAUACACUACAUCAAGAGCUCCGCUGUUUCCAGAUCAGGGUUUUCAUCCCAGUAUGGUGCUACUUUACUUUUAUAAGACACGUGAACUACGUUUUUAUCUGUGAUUUUACGAUGUACUGUAUGCAGCGUUUAACCUUCUCCUGCCCGUCCGGAGCUCGCUGGAAACCGAUUGGUCGAAAUGAACUGAUUUAUUGAUGGGACACUGGAUUUUAAAGGGACACUUCACCCAACGAGAAAUACUCAUGACAGAGGGCAUCAUUUACCCAUGUAGUUAAAUAACUAACAACUUCCUUCAAUUAGCCUAGCAACCACCCAGAAAACACCAAGAAUGCCACCUGACAACCAUGCCGCUCACCCUAGUAACCACAUAGAGGUGCGUAUCUCAUCCAGGAGCUCAACAAACUUACAACACACGCGUGUACUUCAUCAUGAUUUGAUGAUGAGUAAUGAGGACUUUUGAACGAACAGAAGCAGGAUGGUGUAAUGCGCUGUGAUCGCUCUGAACGGGUUGAAGGGUUUUGAGACAUGAAGCGAGGUCAGAGGUCAGGUGAAACUGUGCCUUUGGGCUGAGUCUCUGUGUCUCGUAUGAUGGAAGUGAAGCUGAAUUCAGGUCAGAACAAUCUUUCUCUCUCUUUCUCUUCUGGACCGCUGCUGAUGCCCCGAGGGCAGCGUUUGUACUUUCUGUGAGCUCUCUGUUUCUGAGGGUCUUUGUGUUCACUGCUAACAGCGCCGGGACACAAAAGACCCCUCUCCAUACAUUCUCUGUGAAUCUCCCUCAACCCCCUCGCAGAAGAUGCCGCUCAGCAAGGUUCAUCGAUGAUCUUUUAUCGAUAAACAUCACGUUGGGUUUGAUCGGGAGUGAGUGACAUGAGCAGAUAGAUGUUUCGGUGUCACGCUGGAUUUCACGCAUACUGAAAUAAUUUCACAUCAGCAAAAUGAAUGAGAGCAACAGGAAGUGAUGUCACACUCCAGCAAUUCUGUUUUGAAUAACACAGUACACAUAUAAUACAGUCUUCCAUCUCUCAUCUGUUUGAAUACUGAAUUCUGAUUACUGGUCUUGAUUGGUGGUUGUCAUGACGACAGUGACGCAUCUCUAAAGCAGCAUUUCACUCUCAUGUCAAGACCGUGACUUCAACACUUGUCUUUCGCUGCCGUGAGCUUUCGGAGAUGAGAAUCGAGUUGCGACAUGUUCACUCGGAGAUGAUCUGCUCUGUCAUGUGCGUUUGUUUUUUAGAAUAUUAAUAUUAUUGUUCUUUUAUAACUUGUUUCUUUUUUAAAUAAAAUACGUUCUUGAGAUAAGUGUCGGUCUCACAUGACAUUUCUGUAUGAUUGUAUAUGAUGUUUAUGUCUCACCGUGUCCUACAUACAAGAUGACUGUAAAUGUUUUCUGUCUGAUGGCUGUCGGUGAUGUCGUCAUGUAUAAUUGCAGCUGAUUGGCUGUCUGGGAUAGUAAAGGUGACUCUCACAUUCGACAGGUGAUUUAUACACAUACCAGCAUCUUUCAUUUGUCACGUUUCUUUUUUUACACUUUAAUGUCUCAGUUUGUCACUCAGUCAAGUUACAGUGUAUUUCAGUAUAAACCACAGGACUGAAAGAUAACUCCAAUCUAAAAUUGAAAUGUAUUUUUCCAUUAGAUCUGUUGAGUCUCCCGGGGUUCGAGCGUUUGAAUAUUAUGGUAUGUUUGUGUUCGUCAGUGUAAAUGUUAAAGGGCUUUUAAUUUCUUCGGCUUCUCAUCGACGCCUCACACGUGUCAUAGCAACAAUGUAAACCAGCUGCUGUGAGAAAUAAGAGAGUGGAAGCGGAGAGAGGAUGAGAAAUACUCAACACACACAUUUGAACUUCUCUUUUCCUUUGAAAAGAUAGAUUUGAUUGGUUUCAGCAUGUGUGCACAUCUGAAAUCAUGAAUUGUUGAAUGAACAUACAGUAUGUGAUGCCACGUGUGAAAACCCAGACACCGUUUUUGUAUCAUUUACUGUUUUAUGCAUCAAACCAUUCUACAUGUAGAAAACCUUCUGUGGAAAUAGAAUCUUGACGUCUUUAAAGUCCCAGUGAAAUUAAAAAUAAGGAUGCCUAUUUUUUCAUGAAAUAUUGCAGCGUUUAUUGUAAAUAGUUGAUCAAUGUGGGUCAUUCUCUUUUUAAAAAUCGUGUGCCCUCAAAAUCUUCAGUUAAAAUCUGAAAAUGCAUUUCCGUCCUGUAAUGGCUAUCCAUCUUAGAUGACGUAUGUUAGACGGCUUGGGCGGAGCAUCCGUUAACUCCUCCCCUUCAAGUGUCAGUCUGCUGCCAGUUCCAUUUCAAAAUGCAACAGCUGGUUUUAUACAUCCAAUCAAAGAAAGACGAAAGCCACGCCCACUUUUUUCUCAUUAGAAAUUCCAUUUCACUCGGAAAUGCGUCAAAAAAAAACGAUCGCAACUUCCCGUUCACGGGGACUUUAAAUAAGACCAUCGCUGCGUUCGAAAUCGCAUACUUUGACAGUACGUACUGAAUUUGAAUAAGUACCCUACCUAUCGGCCGUCAAAACAGUACGUUCUAUAUAGUAUGAGUGGUAGUAGUACGAAUACAUUUCGGCAAUACUGCGUCCGCCAUGUUUUAUGGUCAUGUGACCCGUAUGCUCUUUGACCUAUGACGUUUUAACAACAACCUACACGUGAGCGUUGAUAAAAACAUAAUUUAGUCACGAGAAAUUCAUUUAUUGGCACUUACAAUAAAAAUGAACGCCCGCCUUAGUUUGCCGCUGUAUUUAUUGGAUUUACUUUUGAAAUUUGACCGUUGCUCAGCUCCCGUGGCAUCAUGGGAUAGAGAAGUGUCCAUCCGAUCCACACUCACGAAUCUCGGCGGAAGUAGUAGACCAUCCGGGUAUUUCUCGCCUACUGUUUUUUGCACACUGAGGUUUCGGACAUACUAUUCAUGACUCAUACUCAUUUUCGCCUACUAUAUAGUAUGGAAGUAGGCAGUUUCGGACGCAGCGCAUGUCAAAGAUUGAAAUCUUUUGUGCAGGAUAAUAAAAUGUAGUAUCAAUACAAUUGUAAUAUCAAAAAAAGGAAAAUUUGGUAUUAGAAACCAUCAUUUACAGCAAUAAAAACACAAAGUAUUUUUGUC